CGACGAGUUGUUUAGCGAUUGAAUGAAACGUUAGUGGCUAGUAAUCACUCGAGAUGCCUCUGCCCCCAGCCCUGCAAGCCCGGCUUGCUAAGAGAGGGAUCCUCAAACAGUCCGAACAUGAAGCAGAGGAGGAAAUCAUUGCUGAAGAUUAUGAUGACAACAACGUAGACUAUGAAGCUACAAGGCUCGAAAACUUGCCGCCUAAUUGGUACAAAGUGUUCGAUCCCAGCUGUGGUCUGCCAUACUACUGGAAUGUGGAAACUGAUUUAGUAUCCUGGUUAUCCCCAAAUGAGCCUGGUGCUGUCAUUACCAAGGCCGCCAAGAAACAAAGGGGAGAGACUGGAGAUGACAGAGGAGAUGUUCACUUUGAGAAACUGGAAAGAGAGCGGGAGCGUGAAAGAGACAGGGAUAGAGAGAGAGAACGGGAAAGGGAUCGAGAUCGGGAUGAAGGCAGGGACAGAGACAGGGACAGAGACAGAUGGAUGCAGAGGAGAGAAGACAUUGGCCCGUACAACAAAUCAAAGAGAGGCAGAGACCGAAAGCAAGAGGAGAUGGAUCCUAUGGAUCCGAGUGCUUACUCAGAUGCUCCAAGGGGUUCGUGGUCCACUGGUCUUCCCAAGCGGAAUGAAGCCAAGACCGGAGCAGACACAACAGCAGCAGGGCCCCUGUUCCAGCAGAGACCUUAUCCCAGCCCAGGGGCCGUGCUUAGGGCCAACGCGGAGCUCACAAAACGACUGGAGGAAGACGAGUGAACAAACACAGGGCAUCCAGCCACUGCUAUUACCAAACGUCAUCAUUUUGGUACCGUCACCUAGCCCUUCAUCAAGUCUUUAGGGCAGUUUCUUCCUUCCUGUGAUGACACGUGCUAGAAUAAUUUAUUCAUAAGGGCGACUAGCAGGUGUCUUAGUGGAUAAC